GAAUCCAGAACGCACCUGCCUUGGCCGAACCAAGGGCCUGGGACCAGAGACUGUUAGUUAGAUUAGUUCUCCUACAUCAGAGCCUCAUAGCGCUGCGUUGGUGUGACAGAACAACUCCAUCCAGAGCCUUGUUGCGCAGAGUGACAAGUGGUAGAGUGACAGACCUGUCUAGCUAGCUCACUGUAGCCAACACGAGCACAGCAUGGUCUUUAUACAACCACUGAGCAAAGUUCCUUCUGAUAACAGACUAGGUUUAUUGUGCCACACAGACACUGUCGCAACCGAAUGGAAAUAAUCACAGAGACACAUGGAAUACAGCGAAACAACACAAAUACAAAAUCACACUAGCAUAGUAAGUAAUAAGUACGCUCUCAUUCUGCUCUGGUCCGUGGGUGUCCGGACGGCUGAAAGAUGAACGGAACAUACUCCAUGGAGGCCGUUGAAGAACAGACGGCGAGUGCCAGGUUGAAGGAGUCCUUCAAGUAUGUCGGGGACAAGAGCGUGAUGAGUAGAGGAGUUCUGGCCGAGAAGCUCGAGCCCUCCUGCGGACUGAGUGUCAGCAAGAUAUCCUACACUGUCAGUGAGCGUUUGGGCCCCUGGUGGGAUCUUCCCUCCUACAGGAAGAGGUGGAUACGUCAGAUCCUCAACGAUGUCUCCUUCCAUGUGGACAGUGGUCAGAUUAUGGGCAUUCUGGGAAACUCAGGCUCAGGGAAGACCACCCUCAUGGAUGCCAUCUCAGGCAGGAUUGGUAACGCUGGUGUUCUACUGGGUGAGGUGGCCAUCAACGGGAGGAAACUGAAGAGAGAGCAGUACAAAGACUGUUUCUCCUAUGUGCUUCAGAGUGAUAACUUGUUGAGCUACCUGACAGUGAAGGAGACGCUCUCCUUCACGGCCCAGCUGGCGUUAAAGGGACACUCUGCUGAGCUCAUCCAGAAGAAGGUGUCGUCCGUCAUGGCAGAGCUGAGUCUGGGCCAUGUGGCUCACAGCGUGAUCGGAGGACGGAUCUUCCCAGGGAUCUCUGGGGGGGAGAGGAGGAGGGUGUCUAUUGCCAGCCAGCUGCUUCAGGACCCCAAGGUCAUUCUUCUGGAUGAGCCGACCACAGGAUUGGAUAGCAUGACCGCCAAUCAGAUUGUGGUGCUGCUGGCAGAGCUGGCCAGGAGGGACCGUAUCGUCAUAGUGACCAUCCACCAACCACGUUCUGAGCUCUUUAGGGUCUUCAGCAGAAUCGCCAUCAUGAGCAGAGGAGAGAUGGUUUUCUGUGGACAGCCGGGGGAGAUGGUGGACUUCUUCAGCCAGAGUGGUUACGAAUGUCCCGACUACUGCAACCCUUUUGAUAUCUACGUGGACCUGACGUCGGUGGACACUCGCAACAGCGAGAGAGAGGCCGCCACCUACAGUCGCAUGCACAACAUCACCUCGUUCUAUCAGAGCUCAGAGAUCUACCAGAGCAUGCUGCGCCAGAUCGAGCAGAGCAGUCAGAGGACAGACAAACCUGGCAUCCCCUUCAAGAGCACAGAGUCUCCCAGCGGAUUCACCAAGCUGGCUGUGCUGCUCAGGAGGACGGUGAGGAACUUGUCCAGAGACAGGAUGGGCGUCCUCAUGCGUCUGUCCCAGAACCUGAUCUACGGCCUCUUUGUGGCCUUCUUCGUCAUGAGGCUGGACCUGGACGUCACAAAGGGGGCAGUGCAGGACCGGAUAGGCAUCAUCUACCAGUCCAUGGGGGCCUCGCCCUACACUGGCAUGCUGAACGCUGUUGCUCUGUUCCCUGCCUUGCGGGCUAUCAGUGACCAGGAGAGUAAGGAUGGUCUGUACAGCAAAUGGCAGAUGUUCCUGGCCUACAUCAUCCACAUCCUCCCCUUCAGCAUUGUCAGCGUGUUCAUAUUCUCCUCCUUCCUCUACUGGACAGUGGGGAUGUUCCCUGAGUCGUGGCGCUUCCUGUGUUUUGCAGCCGUGAUCCUGGUUCCUCACGUGGUGGGGGAGCUGCUGACCCUGGUGCUGCUGGGCGUGGUGCAGAACCCCAACAUGGUCAACAGCGGCGUGGCGCUGCUCAACGUGGCGGGCAUCAUGGUGGGGUCCGGCUUCCUGAGGAGCACCCAGCAGAUGCCUGUGGUGUUCCAGUGGCUCAGCUACCUCACCUUCCAGAAGUACGGCUGCGAGCUGCUCAUCGUCAACGAGUUCCACGGUCUUAACUUCACUUGCAGUCAGACCAGUCUACCCGGUGCUUGUCUGAUCACGGAUGGAGGUCAGAUCAUUGACCAGGGUUACCCAGGAGCUCUCUCCCGCUUCACUCUGGACUUCCUCCUGCUCUAUGCCUUCCUGCCAGCCCUGGUGCUUCUCGGGGUUAUCAGCUACAAGAUCAGAGACCACCUCGUACGGAACUGACAGACGACCACUUCCUGGCUGAGUCUGUCGUCAUGAGCACAGAGCAAAAAUAUGCUUGUCUUUGUACUGUAGCCACAGAAACAACGAUAUACACAGUCCUCAGGCUAUAAGGAAAUAAUGAGACAGAUAUAGUGAUAUGAGACAUGGUGCUAACAUGGCAGUAGAGGAACAUUAUCCCCCAAGGGGAAAUCUUUUCUUUUUUUUUUACCACAGAAUUAUCCAUAGAAACAGUAAAUUUGUGUUUUAAGGCCCGUUCACACCAAAGACGAUAAUGACAACUAUAACUUUAAAGAUAUCGUUCUAAGAAUCGUUCUAUAUAUAAAAAAAGAUGUAGCAUAGUCCAGUCCAAAAAAACUGAUGAACUAGGAUACACUGACAACCAAUCAGAAUAAUUUCCGAUUUUUAAGUGCUCGUGCAUUUACAAUGACUGCAACGUUGAUUGUAGUAUUUUUCCACUAUCUUUAAAUGCUCUGGUUUCCGAUGCUGUAGUAGGACUAUUGGUGUGCAUCUUCAGUUGCCAUAUCCUGCUAGCUCUAUGUAGAUAAUUUACCGUAUGUUAUAUGACAAAAGUGUGAAAGAUGGAUCCCAGGUAUUUAAAACUUGAACAAUUGUGACAUUAUACUGGUGAAUUCACCUCUUUACAAUUGAAAUAUGAAUUUAGGUUAAAAAAAAAUCUGAUUCGAGGUUCGGAAAUUCAGGUUGCUCAAUUUUCAUUUUUGGGGAGCUGAAUUUUACUGUUCGAAUAUGAGUAACCUGAAUUUCUGAUCCUUAAAUUAUUGGAUCUGAUUUUAUUUUUCACUGAAAUAAAUUCCUAUUUCAAUUGUAAAGAGGUCUAAUUCAAAAUCAACCAAUUCAGUGGUGUUUAAAUUUAAAUAUUACAUAUUCAAUUACUUUUUAAGUUCAAAACAUUGUCACUGAUUUGCUUCCAUAGGAAACUUAGAAU